AUGGUGAAUUCGGGCGUUGAUACCAGUUCUUUCACUUUUGUUUUAGAAGCGGGGCAACAUAGCGAUUACUGCGCUGACCUUUUCCAGAGAGUCAUCCAAACAGAGAUCUCUAAGUCAAAGGCUUGGAAAAUCUGCUUGGAAACCGGACUCUUGACCUCUCUGUUACCAACAGCACUGGACCGCAACACCAUCAGAUUUGCAAAGGACCAGAGGUUUGAGAAACUUAUUGACGAGUUGGCAAACGAAACAUCGCACUUCCGGUGCGACUUCAACACCGGGGUACCAUUAGAUGUCGACGCCUUGGUUGAGGAUGCCAAAGCGCAGCACGGGGAAAAUAUUAUGGAUAAGUGGGUGAACAAGUCGAAUUUGGACAGUAUCCUUUUACCGUAUGAUCUAUACCAUGGUACAAUGGUUGCUCCAAAUUUCGAGUUCCAGACCCGGCAGGAGUACAUUGAGUCUACCAAGAGGGAACGCUCGCAGGGAACUUGUAUCGAUAGAACUGGGUAG